AUGGAUUUUGUUUCAGUUAUGGAUGCUGUGACACUCACAUGCCCUGCAGUGAAUGAGAAUGGGACCGCCCAUCAGGAGUGUCCAGACACAAGAGCAGCCACUGUUGCUUUGAAGAUUUACUUGUACCAAAGCAGCCAGGAAGCACCUGAUUGUGGCUUCCUCAGCUACCCACCUGGGAACUAUGUAACAGAGGAGCUUUGUAUAGAUGCAGCCAAGGCAUGCAAUAUAUCACCUCUGUAUUGCAGCCUUUUUGGCCUCUUUCGAGAGCGAGACCGCUUGUGGUUUUCACCAAAUUACAUCUUUCAGCUUGAUGAAUCAGCUUCAGAGGAUGUGUAUUUUAAAAUGAGGUACUACUUCCCUGGCUGGUACAGUGGUGUUGCAUCCCGGGCUUAUCGAUAUGGGGUUGCCAAGGGGUCAGAAAGCCCAGUUAUUGAUGACUUUGUAAUGUCAUACCUGUUUUUUCAGUGGAGGCAUGACUUUGUGAAUAGUUUUGUAAAGAUCCCCAUCACACAUGAAGCUCAGGAAGAGUGCCUUGGAAUGGCUGUACUGGACAUGACAAGAACAGCCAAGGAGAGACGGUUGUCACCAUUGGACAUCUACCAUUCUAUAAGCUACAAGUCCUUCUUACCAAAGGACAUGAAGGCUCACAUCCAGGCCUGCAGUUUGUUGACACGGAAGCGUAUCAGGUUUCGCUUUAAGCGUUUCAUCCAGCAGUUCAGUCAGUGUCGCACCACAGUGCGUGACCUCAAGCUCAAGUACCUUAUUAGCAUGGAAUCCUUGGAGAAGGCCUUCUAUACAGAAGCCUUCCAAGUCGAGCAGCCACCCAGCAGACAGCUCACCAUAUUUGUGGCAGCAGAAACCGGCAUUCAGUGGUGUCAUCAGAACUUAAAAGACUCUGAGCAGGAGCUGCAGACCUUGUGCGACUUUGUUGAUGUCACGGAUAUCAGCAUCAAACAGGCCAGCAAGGAAGGUGUCGCAGAGAGCCGAGUUGUCAGCAUUAACAAGAAAGAUGGGAAAAUUGUGGAACUGGAGUUCCCCAAUCUACCUGAUGCGCUCUCUUUCGUGUCCCUCAUUGAUGGAUAUUAUCGCCUGACCGCAGAUGCGCUCCACUACCUUUGCAAAGAAGUGGCACCGCCAAGACUUGUGGAGGCCAAUGCUUCUCAUUGCCAUGGCCCGAUAUCUAUGGAGUUCGCCAUCAACCGACUUGAGAAGUGUGGAAACAAACCAGGGUUGUACAUUUUGCGAUGUAGUCCUAAGGAUUUUAACAAGUAUUUUUUGACCUUCCCUGUUGAGGUGUAUAAUGCUGUUGAACAUAAACACUGCCAGAUAACAAAGUCUGCCAGUGGAGAAUUUAAUCUCUCUGGCACCAAAAGGAGAUUUAGCAGCCUGCAGGAACUGCUCAGCUGUUACCAGAAGGAAGCUGUUCGCUCUGAUGGUGUCAUUUUCCAGUUCAACAAGUGCUGUCCGCCAAAAUCCAAAGAGAAGUCGUGCCUUCUUGUGUGCAGGAGCAAUAAAGGCUCCAACAUGCCUCCAUCUCCAUUACUGAAUCGACACAUCAGUCAAAUGGUGUUCCACAAGAUCAAGAAAGAUGAUCUGGAAUUCAUGGAGAGUCUUGGUCAAGGAACCUUUACCAAGAUCUUCAAAGGACUCCGCAAGGAGCUCAGAGAUUAUGGACUUGUACACCAAACUGAUGUUGUCAUGAAGGUCCUGGACCAGGCCCACAAGAAAUACUCUGAGUCUUUUUUUGAAGCAGCCAGCAUGAUGAGCCAGUUGUCCCAUAAACACUUGGUCCUCAACUAUGGCGUAUGUGUCUGUGGAGAAGAAAAUAUAAUGGUGCAGGAGUAUGUGAAGUUUGGCUCGUUGGACACAUACUUGAAGAAGAACAAGAGCAUAAUAAACAUCGCAUGGAAACUGGAGGUGGCAAAGCAGCUAGCUUUGGCUAUGCACUUCCUGGAGGAAAAGCACCUUGUACACGGGAAUGUCUGCGCUAAAAAUGUCCUUCUGAUCCGAGAGGAGGACCGGAGAAAUGGGAAUCCCCCCUUCAUCAAACUGAGCGACCCGGGAAUCAGCAUAUCGAUCCUCCCCAAGGAGAUCCUAAUUGAAAGAAUUCCUUGGGUGGCUCCUGAGUGUAUUGAAGACCCUACCAACCUGAGCCUGGCUGGAGACAAGUGGAGCUUUGGUGUCACACUAUGGGAGAUCUGCAGUGGCGGCGAGAAGCCGUUAGCAGCACUGAACAACAAUAAGAAAAGGCUGUUUUAUGAGGACCAUCAUCAGCUUCCUGCGCCAAAGUGGACUGAGCUGGCUAAUCUGAUUACCAGCUGUAUGGAAUAUGAACCAACAUUCAGACCCAUAUUUUGUGCCAUCAUCAGAGACCUGCACAGCCUCUUUACACCAGACUAUGAGUUGAUCGUGGAGAGUGACAUCUUGCCCAAUAGGACAGUGAACUUUGGCUGGGCGGGUUUUGAGAGUCAGGAGCCAGCUCAGUUUGAAGAGCGACACCUCAUAUUUUUACAGCUGUUGGGCAAGGGAAACUUUGGCAGUGUGGAGAUGUGUCGAUAUGAUCCGCUUCAGGACAACACCGGGGAGGUUGUGGCUGUGAAGAAACUCCAGCACAGCACUGCUGAGCACAUGCGCGACUUUGAGCGAGAGAUCGAGAUCCUAAAAUCUCUCCAGCAUGAGAAUAUUGUCAAGUACAAAGGAGUGUGCUACAGUGCAGGACGACAUAACCUGCAUCUUAUUAUGGAAUAUUUGCCCUUUGGAAGUCUGCGAGAUUACCUCAUAAAAUAUAAGGAAAGGAUUGACCACAAGAAGCUGGUGCAUUACACCUCUCAGAUCUGCAAGGGUAUGGAAUAUCUGUCCAGUAAGCGGUAUAUCCACAGAGAUCUGGCAACGCGAAAUAUCCUUGUGGAGAGUGAACUGAAGGUGAAGAUUGGUGAUUUUGGCCUCACCAAAGUUCUACCUCAGGACAAAGAGUACUACAUGGUCAAAGAGCCUGGAGAGAGCCCCAUAUUCUGGUAUGCCCCAGAGUCCCUGACCAUGAGUAAGUUUUCUGUGGCGUCUGAUGUCUGGAGCUUUGGCGUGGUGCUCUAUGAACUUUUUACCCACAGUGACAAGAACCGCAGUCCACCUACAGUUUUUCUGUCCAUGAUGGGGACUGACAAGCAGGGGCAGCUGAUUGUGUAUCACCUCAUCAAGCUGCUCAGCUCAGGCAGCAGGCUGCCCCAACCCCUGGGCUGUCCUACAGAGAUACAUGAAAUCAUGGAGGAGUGCUGGAACAAUGACCCGGGCUUGCGUCCGUCGUUCAAGGAGCUGGCGCUGCAGAUCGACCUGUUCAGAGACAAUGAGUUUUAGGAAAGAAAAUUUCUCAAUGUGCUUGAGCAGGCGCUCUUAAUGUUGUUACACUGUCAGUUCAAAAGGACAAAGCCCAAAAUGGGAGUAUUGUGUUGUGUAGCAAAUCAACAUGUAGGAAAAAAUGGUUCUAGGACCAGGAAAGUAAUUAGUGUUAAGGUGUCUUUCAGGAAGGCACUUUUUUGUAGCAGUUCACAUCUGCCAUUAAAACUGUGAACUCUAUGAAUAAAAAGCUUUUGUUCAAGGAAUCAUCAGGUUUUCGGGAUGCGUGUGUGUGAAGACAGUGUUGUGUUGGUGCAAAUGUUAGCAGGUCUAGCUGUCCAAAGUAUUUUUUCCUUCACCUUAAAGAGAAAUGGACAAAUACAAGCAGUGUUUUCUGUGAAUUUGUGUAUACAUAUAGCUCUGUACAUAGGUAUGUCCACAUAAUUCUUUUUUAUAAUUUUAUAAAAAUUUAAAUACAGUGAAUACUGUUUCAGCUACAAAUGUAUGUAAAUGAAGCAUAAAGUUGAUUUAUAAGUUCAUUUUGUUCCCACUGUCACAAGCUGUUGUGAAAAUUAAAGAUUACCUCAAUAUC